GAAGACCAAAACAGUAACACCGGAUCUGGGACAAGCUAUUCGUGGAACAAUGUUGCGGAGUGUCGGUUUGACCGUGGUCCUGGCCAUAGUGGUACAACACGUCGUGCGUUUCUGGUUUUUUAUGGACUACCACAAAGCCGGGACAAUAAUCCACCAUCGACCCGGCCCGUGUAGACCCUUGGCCGGUGCAGAUGGCGGCUCGGAAGAUCUCACAGUGUUAGACAAUGGGUUGACGUUCAUCUCCUCGGGUUAUUUCCCCUGGACCCGAGGCCGAAUUCUCCUCUUUGAUUUUAGCGAUCCAUUACACGAGGUGAAGGAGCUACCUAUUGUCAGUUCCACUCUGAAUCAGUCUGAUUUCAAUGUCCAUGGACUGUCGGUGUGGCAGGACAAUAUUACCGGUGAAGUUACUCUGAUGGUGAUAAACCAUGCCGGCCCCGGAGAUGUUGUGGAAGUGUUCACGUUUCAGGAGGACUCCCGGUCACUGCUUCAUAUCAAGACAAUCACGUGCCCGAAACGAACAAAUAUGAAUGAUUUGGUGUUGACCAGCAACAGGACUUUUUACAUCACUAAGAUAACCACACUGCGUGACUACCCAAUGGUGGAGCUGCUACUGAUGCUGAAGUACGGCGAGGUUCUGUACUACGACGGCAGUGACUUCCGUAGUGUGGCGGGUAGACUCAACCUGCCCAACGGCAUUAACGUGUCACCUGACCACAGGUAUAUGUACGUGGCAGAAAUGGAGAGUAAGCUACUAAAAUCCUAUCGAAUCGUAGACUAUGGACUACACUUCGUGGAGGACUUGCGUCUAGAUACACUGGUGGACAACAUAGAGGUAGACCCCGUGUCUGGUGAUCUGUGGGUCGGGUGUCAUCCAAGUUUCCAUCGACUAAUUCAGCUUAAUGUUGCCGGAUUACUGCUACCCUCACAAAUUCUGAAGGUUAAGACCUCGGGCGGAAAGUUCACGGAAGCUGUGGAGGUGUACACUGAUUCCGGAUCUGAACUGAGCGCCUCUUCAGUGGCCUCCAUCUACAAGGGAAAAAUGAUAGCUGGCACUAUUGCGUCACAGCUGAUUGUAUGUGAUGUCGUCUACAUUGAUUGAUUUUGAUAAGAGAGGAAACAAUGAUUUACUUCCCGCCAAAUUUACUUAAUGUAAAACCCAUGUGACAUUUGGAUAACAUACAGUAUUGUAAUCUGAUACAUAGUUUUGCAAAUAUAUAUAAUUCGACAUAAAAAUGUUAAUACUCCGUUCAGGUGAAAUUUACAUCGGAUGUUUUCAAUCUUUACAUUAACACAAUUUCCAUAUGAUCAGAUUUUCAUUCGUAUAAUGGUAUAAUGAUAAGUUUUUCUUGUGUUUAAUUAAGGGUCAAUUUGUUAUUUUUAAAUAUGAAAUGACCAGAUUGUGUUUUAUUUAAUAAUAAAAUGAAUGGAUCGU